AUGGCAAAGAAGAAAGGGACCCAGAAGGCCAAUGACACCAACAAAGAAAACCCACCAGAUCAAAAGGCUCAACUCCAAACUGAAGGGAAAACCAUCACUGACAAAUCAACCAUGGAGGAUCUUUCUGAGAAGAUCAAUAAUUUAAAGAAUCUUAAUAAUAUGCUUCUCAAAGAGACUAUAGAGAAGAGACAGCGGGUGGAUUCAUUAAAUCAAGCCAAGGAGGACUUGGAGUCUCAGAUGGCUCGAUUCAGUGCUGAAAAGAGUGAGUUGGUGGCUCAGUUAGAUGGGGAGAGCGAGAAAAAUGUGAGCUUGGAGAUAGAGAAUGGUUUGUUUAGUGCUUUCGUGAGGACCCAGAUGAGAGAAAUGGGUUUAGACUUUGAUAAAGAGAAUGGUGAUAGAGAGAAAGAGAUGAGGGUUCUUAAAAGUCAAUUGAAUGAGCUAAUGUGUAGUCUUGAAAAUGAGAGAAAGAAAGUGAUUCAGACUUGUAGAGAUAGGGAUGUGCUGAAGAGUAAUCAUGAACAGGAAGCUUUGAAGGCACAUGAGUUGAAGGAAAGACUGGUUGAAAUGGAGAAAAAAGAAGGUGUUUGUAAAGGUGAGAUUUUGAUUCUGAAGAAAGAAUAUGAAAGUUUGCUGGAGGAAAAAAAUGAGAGUGGGAGACACUUUGAAGCUGUAAAAGAAAAGAAAGCAUUUGUGGAAAGGAGAUUGGAUGAUACUGUGAAGGAAAUUGAUGGUUUGAAGGCAGAGAUGGAAGGGAUUUUAAGGGAAAAUAAAAAAAUAGAGGUCGAUAAAAGUGGGCAAAGGGUGAAAAUUGAUGAGUUGAACAAAGAAGUAGAGAGAUUGAAUGAAGUUGUUUUGGAAUUUCAAAAGGAGGAGAAAGUGUUGCGUGACAAAGUUUUGGAAUUGCAGAAGAGUUUCGGCGAGGCUAUGGAGAAGGAAAAGGAGAUGACAUUGAAGAUCAAUAAUUUGAUGAGUGAGAAAACACAGAAGCAGAAUAGUAUUGAGAAGCUGAUAGAGCAAAAGGAGGGGAUAUCUAAGAGGUUGGAAAUGGCCAUUGUGGAAUUAAAUGAUAAGGAGGGACGCAUUGAGAAACUGCUACGUGAGAAGAAUGAGACUGAAGAGAAGAAAGUCAGUCAGGAAACUGAGAUUAUUGAGCUGCAUAAAGAGAUUGGGGCACUGAGGGAUGUUGUUUUUACAUUGAAGGAGUCAAAUAGGGAUCAAGAAGAGAAAAACAAUCACUUCCUUGAUGAAGUUAGGGACUAUAAAAAUGCGCUUGAUCGAAUUAUGCAUCAGAAGGAUGAAGCUAAAAAGGGUUUCAAUGAAGAGAAAAAGAAUGGCAUGAUAUUGCAGUCAAAAGUAGUAGCCCUGGAAAAGAAGAUGCAGGAGAAUGUAGAGGAUUUGACAAAAAUUAGGAAUGAGCGUGAGACCCUCAUUGCGGAAAAUAAGAAAAUGCAUGGCCACAUUGAGUUGUUGGCCGAAGAAAAUGAAUUGAUGCAGAAGAAUCUUUUGGAGGCAACACAAGCUGCUGACAAUUUCAGGUCUAAAAUGGAGUCAGUUGCCUUCAACUCUGAGAGAGCUCUAAGCAUGCUGAAGAAAACUGCAGCUAUGGUGUGUCAAUCUAAAGAUGAUGCAGAUGCAAAGGAAAAAGUGUUGAUCAAUGAUGAGAAGCUUGGAGAUAAAACUGAAAUGUUUACAGCUGAGUUGGAAGCAAUUCAAACUGCAUUUAGGAACAAGGAGAAAGCGGUGGAAGACAUGAAGCGGCAAGUUGAGUUCCUGCAGAAUUCCGAGGUUGAGGCACAUAAGAAAAAGAGCUUCUGGACUGUGGUAUCUUCUGCAACAACUAUAAUCGCCGCAGCAUCCAUUGCAUAUGCUGCAAGAAUCCCUUGA